UUGAAUUAUGUCAAGGUUUUUUUUUUCUGUAGAAAACUGUUAGUGUUUUUUGUUGUCCUAAGAUUUUUUGUGUUGCUGUAGAGUGAAAAUUAAAAAAAAUGGUAGCGUUUCAAUUAGAUAUCAGUACAUUAUGGGGAGCAACUCUUCCUAUAUUUUUUUUAAUUUUAUUGGUAAGUUUUGUUCGACAAUAUGCCAAUAUUAUACUAGGAGAUAAUGCGAAUGCAACAAUCAGUCUAGAAGAUUCCACUAUCAAAAGUAUAUUGUAUAGGUGUAAAGCGUUACGCGUUAACGGUAAUCUAUUACCAUCAGCGCAUUUUAAUUUACGUAAAGCGUACUUUAACAAGCCCCCAACAGGAGUGUUAUUUAAUGUGCAAAAAAAACCUAAUCUUUUGCAAAACUUACUAACAAAUAAUAGUGAUCCAACUGCUAUGGUAUCGAAUCUAAAACAUCAAGCGUGUCUUUUAUUUCUUAAUGGAGGGGUAGGCUAUAUGAUCAGUUUUUUCUUCUCAGGUUAUCUUGUAGCUAAAACGCCAUUUUUUUUACCUGAUAAAUUGAAACUGAUGCUGCAAAGAGACGUACCUUUAAUUAAUAGUGAUGCAUCCUUCAUGUCGUCUUUAUCAUGGUAUUUUUUUGUUCUUAUGACGUCGACACAAUUCGUUAGUUUUUUAUCUUAUUUAUGGGGAGACGACCAUUUAUUUGAAAAAUGUAAAGUUGCUGAUACCAAAGGGAGCGUCGGUGCUGGUUUGUAUCCAGGAAUGUCGAUGGGCACGGCAACACCUUCACUAGGAGCCGAUGCAGAUUAUAAUAAAUUAUUUGCUUCAGAGCGAAAGGCUUUAGAACUUUUUACGUAUAAAGACAUGUACGAGACCAUUAUGGAGUCUGCUUUGAAAAAAAUUCAAAACGUCGUACCCUGCAGCAGUGGAGUAUAAGAUUCUUUUAACAUUUCUUUUUUGUGGCAAUAUAUUUUUUUUAAAAAAAGAAGAAGAAAAAAAAAAUCGCGGUUCUUCCAUAAUUUUAAAACGUUUCUUCUUGAUCAAGAAUCAAACCUGAACUAUAUGUAUAUACGGCCACAGACUUAGCAAAAAUCAAUAGAAAUGUGUACGUUCAUGACUUUGGUAUUUUUAAAAGUUUUUUAUUUACAAUAAAACAUUUUAUUUAAAGUUUGUAAAAAAGUGUAAAGUGUAACACGCUUUACACCAGGAUACGCUCACCCGUCUUGAAACGUUUCAGACAAAUAUCAGAAAACUUGGUGAAAUGGUCCAGUAAAAUCAAAGAAAAUAAACACGUAGUAGAAGGUGUUUAUUUUUCACAUAAUGCAUAUUCAAAAAAACAUUAAAGAAGCCUUUUUUGUUAAAAAAGAAAAGUUGGUCAAGGAUGACAUAACACUUAAAGCGACGAAUGCUUGUGAAAACACAAAGGAGAAAGAUUUCAAGACGACAUCUAAAAUUAAUUUUUGGCAAAGUAUCAAUGACGUCCUCAAUUCUCUGUUUCGAUACGAUCUUCGAAACGUAUUAAAACUUAUUAAUUAUUGUUUAAUCGCCUUAGUCGGUAUUAACUCUGUGAUGUUUUACCAAAAUUUCAAAUUGUCUCAAUUUCAUUUCACCUUAAAACCUGUACUAUUGCUAGGAUUCAUCAUUCUUACUAUUGCUUUUCUUUUCAUGCUUAAUAUUUGGAUGUCUUGUCUUCCUUUAGAGUAUCUUAAACAAAAGCCCUUCUCUACAAAUGAUGAGAAAGCAGAGCUAAACUAGUCUAAGAUUUGGCUGCUUUCUUAUUGCUCAAGAAAAAAAAGUCCACUUACCUGCAGCUGCGUGCAUAAUCUCGUCAAUAAGACGCUGUUUUUAUAAGACAGUGUAUGCCAAAACUUUUAACGGACAAAAACGGAAGCAUCUAUUAAAAAAUUAUCUUUAUGACUUUUUUUAAAACACGCAUUGUUUUUUUUUUAAUCUUUCUAUGUGCUCUUUCUGUUUUACGAUACAUUAAGUUGGAUAGAUUAAGUGAUGUGUGCAAGGCAAUGACGAAGAAACCAUUGUGUAAAACGUUUAACAUGUACAGAUAUUUUAUAGCAACAUAUCAACUAAAGAGAAGUUCAGGAUUGAUUAUCAUUAAGAGUCGAGUUAAACCAGAAAAACAAUGGGGACCAACUCAUGAAAACAUCAACGUUUUUAUGUUGAAAAACACAAUUAACACUUUUCUUUUCCCUUACAUUAUAUGGAAACGAAAACUGCUGUUAUCUUUUUUAAAACGAACGCAUCAAAAAAUGCCGUGUCACAAGCGUAUGUUACAAGGAGAAACAACAGUGGAAAAAAAAAAAAGCGGAAACAUCAAUGGGGAUUGGUCAAUAGUCACAAGUUCUGAAGUCAAAAAGAAGGAAGCUGAACUAGGAACUGCUAAUAUUAAAAGCCAAAAAAACGAUGGCCAAAAUACAGACAAGGAUACACAAGCUAUUAGUCAAAAUGAAGGCGUGAAGGAAAACGGUGAUGAUGUGGAAGAAACUGUGGAAAACGGUGCUGAAGAAAAAAAUGAUGACAAAAGCAUUUAUGAUUCUAUAGAAGAAUUCAACACAAUUCUUCAAGAUUUACCUCCUUUAAAAUUUCCCGAUCCACCUUCCAUCCCUAAAGACCCACUUUUUACUAAACCUUAUAGUUUUGGUAAAGAUUCCUAUUACGCAUUACAAAAAGUGCGUGAUUACCCAUUUUCAUGCCUUUGUAAUCCUUUUGAAAUAAGGUCUACACCAGAGAAGUCAGACGCUCUUUCAAAAUUGAGUGCUCGAAAAAUUCAUUGUUCGAAUCAUCUUGGUUAUUGUCAGUACGAUUUAUACAACAGCUUAUCCCGUUCACUUUAAAUAAAUUAAAUCUAUUAAAUUUAUCUUAAAAUAUAAACAUCUUUAGGUUUAAUUUUGUCUGUUUUUUUUUUUUAAUCUCCCAUUUAAGUACAUUCAUUCACUUUUAUUGCAUGAAUAUUUUUUCAGUUUUUAGCCUUACCAGUUAUUAAUUGUUUGUUUUUUUACUUAUUAUAUUUGCACACAAGAAUACAACAUGCUCACCUGCAUGCUCUACUGUUUUUAAAAUAAAUAUUUCUUGAAUGUCGCCAUAGAUAAAGUA